UCCUUUCGACUCCCCUCCCCUUCGCAGCCCCGGGAGCCCGAAACAACAGAGCGGGGAACUAUUUCCCGGCCUGCAGCCUCUUCCCUCUGUUACCAGCCGCGGCGGGCGCGCGCCGAGGACGACGGACUUCCCUCCCUUGGCCUCCCGCCCCCUCUCACGUACUGGCCAAUCGCCGCCGGCGUUCCACUGCGCAGCCGCACGGGAGCCGGAGACGGGAGAGACUGGCUGCCGCUCAAGUGCCUCGUAGCAUGGAGGCGUGUGCGCGCCCUUCUUUCCGUACUUCCAGCGGGGUAUCGCGCAGCCGCCCGGACCUCCCUCCCCUGCCGCACGCCCCUCCCACCCCGCCACCACCUUCGCUCGGUCUGACUUCCAGUCGCGCUUUCGUCUUGGGGCUUGCUCACCGGGCGCUUUUCCUGUCUAAGCAGGCAGCAGCUUCUUCGCAGUUAAAAAUAAAAGCCAGAAGGGAAGUUGUUGCAACGUGAAAGCCUCCUAGUAAUCGUCUUUCUGACUAGUAAACCAAAGGGCUCUCCAAAACCAAGAAAUACAGUAACCUCUUGCUCCGCCCCAACCCUCAAUUUCUACCUAGCAACAGAUGACCGAACCUCGCCUUGUAGCUAGGCUAUUGGCCAACUUGAAUCUUCAUCUGCAAUUUUGAUUGGUCAUCCGUGAUAGUCUGAAUGUUUCCAAUUGGCGAAGCUGCCACGGUCUCCUCCCCUCCCCCCUUCCCCCCCGUUCGUCCGCAGAGGAAGCUGGAAAGGCGGGGUCGUUUCUGCGGGAUUACUUUUCUGGGGCCGCUCCUGAUUGGGCGGCGUGGUGCGAUGCGCGCGACCCUUUAGACAACAAACUGUCAAGGGACCGGACCCUGUCCUCUGGGUGCGCCCACCCGUAGUCGGAAACCCAGGGGCAGACUUCCGGGCUAGGGCCCUUGCAGAGGGCAAGGGGUGGCCGCGGGGCUCAGGCCACAUUCGCCUGGGUUUCCCAGCUCCGGGCACCGACAUCAACGAAUGCUUCUUGAAUAUACGUGCGAAUAAAGAGCCGGGACGGAGAGCUUCAGUUGCCCUCUCGCUCCCCAGUUCCGCAAGACCACUGGGCGGCGGAGUCAUGGACAAGCGCCUGCAGGAGGCUCAGCUGUACAAGGAGGAAGGGAACCAGCGCUACCGGGAGGGGAAGUACCGAGAUGCUGUGAGUCGGUACCAUCGCGCUCUGCUUCAGCUGCGGGGUCUGGAUCCCAGUCUGCCCUCCCCGAUUCCCGAUCUGGGACCCGAGGGCCCGGCUCUCACACCUGUUCAGGAAAGCAUGCUGCACACCACCCAGACAGACUGCUACAACAAUCUGGCUGCCUGUCUCCUUCAGAUGGAGCCAGUCAACUACGAACGAGUGAAAGAAUACAGCCAGAAAGUCCUGGAACGACAGCCUGAUAAUGCCAAGGCCUUGUAUCGGGCCGGAGUAGCCUUUUUCCACCUGCAGGACUAUGACCAAGCUCGGCACUACCUCCUGGCGGCUGUCAACAAGCAGCCAAAAGAUGCCAAUGUCCGGCGGUACCUCCAGCUAACACAGUCGGAACUGAGCAGCUACCAUCAGAAAGAGAAGCAGCUCUAUGUGGGCAUGUUCGGUUAACAGAGAAGAAUGACACUUCUCCACUUGAACUUCGGGGAAAGUCUCAUCCAGUGAACCCGAGCCUCGGAGGAGACACGAGCCCCACACCUCUGACCCAGGUGUCUUUCUGUCUUGUUUCUAGUCCUGCACAGACUCUGAACUACUUACACAGUCUGCCUUUGUUUUUUGUCUGUCCGUCUAUAUAUUUGUAUAGCUUUUAAUACAUGGUAUUCUUGGGGACAUUUGCCCUGAGAAUUACAACCAAAAUAUAUUCAUCA